CCCUAGCUACAUCCUGCAGGUUUAAGCUCACUGAUCGGAAAUGAAUCGGAAAACGAUCGAAAGAGAACGGCGAUCCAACAUGAGAGAUCUGUUUUCCAGGCUCUUCUCCCUCCUUCCUCCUCAACCCGCCCGAAGGUCGUCGAUUCCUGACAGAUUGGAGCAAGCCACGGAACACAUAAACCAGCUUAGAUCACGUUUGGAGGGACUUGAACAAAGGAGGUCUCAGCUGGAAGAGGCUCAUAGAGCGACAAGAACAUCGCUGACGUCCCCGGUUAUAAAUAUAUCAGAAUAUUCAAAUAUUUCUGGCAUGGAAAUAAAUCUGAUUACGGGAUCCGAGUUGAACCUUUCAUUGAGUCAGAUUAUCAGAAUCAUUGGAGAAGAAGGUGCUCAAGUUAUAAGCCUUACACUUAGCAAAUCAGGCAAUAUGAACAUCCUUUCCAUUCAUUGUCAACAGGCUGCAAUCAGUUAUAUAAAUGGAAUUGAUCGCUCAAGAUUGUUUCAAAGAUUGAUCACUCUGGUUCAAGAAUAA